AUGUCGAACAAUACAAACGAGUUGGAACAGGAAGCCAGUAAACCCAUCUCCGUGCUGAUCGUCGGCUGUGGCCCCGCCGGAUUGAUCAAUGCUCGUACUCUUCUUCAAGAUGGAUUCAAGGUGACCAUCGUAGCCAAGAUGGAGUUGGUGGAUGUUGGCGACAUACCUACCCAGAUUUUGACAACUAAUUCACCAUGGGGGUCGUUCACCUUUUCUGGGCUGGAUAUGCCCAAGCCAUCGAAUCUCGAUGGAUCGGUCGUGCCAGCUAGAACAUACCGUCGAUAUCUUGAGGAUUUUUAUCAUUACUUUAUAAAGGACGAAGCGGAGGUUCUUUUCAAUGUAAAUGUAUUGUCUUUGUCGCCUCAAGACGACAAUGAGAGGGGCUGGACGGUACAGCUUCGGGCAGGGGCACAAGAAGAGACAAAAUACUUUGAUAGAGUCAUUUUAGCAACUGGGUAUCUUGGACAACCAUAUGUGCCUGAUAUAUUCAAGUCCAGCCCAAUCCCUACGUUCCACACUUCGGCUUUGUCUUAUCCUUCCGAGAUAGACAAGAUCCUUGCCUCUGUUCCAUCCUCAUCUGACAAACCAGAUCAACAUGGCGGUAAAGAUCACAUCUUGGUAGUUGGAGGAGGCAAAAGUGGGAUGGAUACCGCCGCACUGCUUAGUAAUCGAGGGAAGAAAGUCAUAUGGUCUUCAAGAGGACCAUUAAAAUGGUUCUCACCAGUGUCUCCGCCUGGAAUGAUGGGAGCAAACCGAAUGGAUAUCAUGUUUGGACCAAGCAGGGUUAUCGAUAGCUGGACCAUGUGGUUCUACCAUUGUACAUCGCUGGGCGCUGGGUGGGUAAGAGGAUUUUGGACAUUGAUGACAGGAGCUUGGUCGAGGUUAUAUACUGGCGUUCUUUCACCUCCUACUUCCGACCCAUACCUCUCUCUUUGCCAUUUUGCAGGAGGUAUCGCAACCACGCCAACUAAUUUUCUCCCACUUCUGAGAGACGGUCAAUUAAGCUCUCUUCGUGAUGCAUCUCCGACAUCCAUCGAUGAGGACGGAGUGGCAUUCAAGGUCGCCAACGGGCAUGAAACGGCCAAAGUUCAAUGUGGAGCUACAGUGCUCGCCACAGGCUAUCGAGGUGGGACAUACGACUUCAUCAAUGAGACAUUGAGGCAUCAAUUAGGAUUGGAACGGGUGCCACCACCGCCUGGUUCUAGAGCAAGAGUGCUUGCUCUCCGCAAGAGUUGGAAGACAGUACAAAGUGAAGAUGUAGGAAGUAUCCAACUACCACUGGUACUUCGAGGUAUACUACCACUUGGACGAUUCAAGCAGAAGGAUCUAGCUAUCACAGGGGCUACAAAACCUCUCUUCAUCCCUGCCAUCACGUAUGAAGUUGAAUCCCACUGGAUAUCAUCCUUGUUCCGAGAUGACCCUUUCCUCAAUCUGCCUCAAGAUGCGAACGCAUGUUUGAAAGAGAUAAACGCAGAUAAUGAUUUCACCCGGGCUCGAUACCCAGGUCUAGAUCCUUACGCAUCUACACCAUCUGGAACGUAUUUCUCAGGAUUUAACGACCUCUCUUACACUCGAGUACUGCUUAGCGAUAUGUCACUUAAUCCUUGGAGACAGAAAGAUCCAGCAAAGAAAUGGUGGAAAAUCUGGAGUAUGGGCUGGUUAGAUGUUAGAGUGAAUCCUGCACAGUAUGCGACUUUGGGCGAAGAGAGAAAACUGCUUAGGAGAAAGACACGAUGA